ACCAUCUUCGGACAAAUGUUCGCAUAUUUAUUCAACGAGAUCGAGUCUUUGAAUUGCAAUUCAACAAAGUGUUUCGAACUCAAUCUUGACAUCCUAAAGCUAAUCGAAGAUGGAAGCCAAGGGAAUAACUACACCUGCAGCUCGAGUUUAUCAAGAUUUCGAACCUUCAAUGGAGUGGGUGCCCGAAGAUGAUUCCGAUACUCUUCUCGUAUAUCUCCCUGGUUUUGCUAAGGAACAAUUGAGGGUUCAACUCCGAUCAAGGAAUUUGAUCAUUAGCGGUGAACGAAAGCUCCAGCAAGACACAUGGAGCCGAUUUCGUGUAGAGUUUCCAGUUUCUGCAAACUGCGAUCUCAACAAAAUCAGUGCAAAAUUCGAAGGAAACAUUCUCUUCGUUAGGCAACCCAAAUUGAUCACUCCAGAAGCAAAACCAGUUGAAGAAACCCCGCCGGCAGUUGCAGCGGCGCCGGUGCCGACGCCUCAAAAGCCUGUUGAUGUACCAAAUGUGGGUCAGAAAACUACCGACGAAAAACCCACCCCAGCAACACAAACAAAUACGGAGAACAGUUUGAGGAAAGAUCAAGAAGUUCCUAAGAUGGGAGUAGAGGAAUCGAGCAAAAAACCCGAAGAGAAACCUUCUGAACCAAAGAGAGCGAAAGGUAUUCGUGAAAAUGCCUCAGAGAAGAAACCAAUUGAUUCAGAUAGGAAGAAGAAGACGAAGGUGGCGUUGGAUGAACUCGAUAAAACGACUAAAACUGCAAUAGAAAACUAUAAACGGGCUGUUGGUGUGUUUGCGACGAAGCUAAAAACGUCAAGGAAUGCUGUGAAUACGAUUGUGAUUCUUCUUGUUGGUCUUGUGAUUGGUGUUGAUUUCACUUUGUUGUACAGAAAAAAAAAGGGGGAAGAAGAAUGGAUGGCGUUGAUCGGUUCCGGCGACGGAGGACCCUCCAAGAGCGGCUAG